AUGAUCCAGUUCGGUGACUUUAACGCGAUAUGCGAGAUGGUCGCGUUAACCGUAUGUCCACUUGUAGGUUCGCCGGACGGCAUCGAACCAGACUGUUAUUCGAGAAAUGUCGAGGUGGCUAAAAUGCUGUUGUUUCAACCAGCAACUCUUAUAAUCCAUGUUAUUGCAUUGAUCAUGACAUCAAUCAUGAUUUAUCACAUUAAAUCAAAGUAUACAGCUGUUGGUCGUAAGGAAAUGGUCAUGUUUUUUUACUUCUACAUGAUGGUCACAUUCUUGGAAUUAUUACUCGUAUCAGGAAUUAUACCAACCGCAUCGAAUGUUUAUCCGUAUUUCACAGCUGCACAUGUUGGACUUAUUACUGCCACUUUCUGGUGUUUACUGUUAAAUGGUUUUGUGGGAUUCCAACUCACCGAAGAUGGUACUCCGCUAUCACUUUGGUCAAUUCGCAUUUCGUCACUUGUAAUAUUCUCCGCAAUUUUCUUCUUGGCAAUCGCAACAUUUAAAGGAAUGGCUGCCUUCAAUCCACUCAAACCAGUAGCACUCUGGAUAGCAAUAUUCAUAUUCAACGGAGUAGCACUAGCAUUCUACGUCGUUCUUCAAGUCAUCUUGGUGCUAAAUACCUUGGAUGAUCGCUGGCCACUCGGCGACAUCAUGUUCGGAGUAGUUUUUUACGUGACCGGACAAGUAAUCUUGUAUGUAUUCUCGGUGCGGAUCUGCGACGCCGCGAAACACUAUAUAGACGGACUAUUCUUUGGCACCAUAUGUAAUCUAUUGGCGGUGAUGAUGGUGUACAAGUAUUGGGAUUCAAUCACAAAAGAGGAUUUGGAAUUCUCGGUUGGAAGUAAACAGAAUGUGUGGGAGGUUAAAGAGUUGUUGGGCGAGGAUGAGUUGGCUUAUAGUUCUAAUAAUCAAUCAGGCUUUUUACAGGGUGGUGAAAAGGGUAACGACGAUGGUCAUUUUUUGGUGGUGAUGAUGAAUAAGACGUUUUAG